AUGAACGAGGGAUAUAGAAAAGAUAUAAUAAGAUAUUUAUCAGUUUUAAAUAAUUUAGGUGGAUGUCAUAUAGAUACAAUUAAUGGAUUUUUACAAAAACCCUCUUAUAUUGGAGCAAGUCCACCAGUAUCUCUUUUUCCAUCAAGCGAUGGAAAAUCGAUUGGAGAUGCACUAUAUCAAUUAUCAAUAGUUUUAGAAAGAAUGACAGAUAACGAAUUUGAUGAUACAACAUUUUAUCAUUCAAAACAAUUAAAGAGUCCAUUAGGUCCAGAAGAAGUGCGUAGAUUAAAUGAAAUCUCUCUUAGUGCUAAAGUUACACAGGAUUAUAUGAAUACAAUUGGUAGAGUUUUUCAAUCAUACCAACUAUUUGAACUUUUAUCAUCAUUAGAGGAACAACACAUUACAUUAAUCUCAAAAGCACUCACAUCAAUUUUCCCAAUGGAUCAAUCAAUUACCAACGACAUCUCAACAUCAAAACAAAAAAACUAUCAAGGAAUUAUUGAAAAAAUCAAACAACUUUUUUCGCGAACUAAAAUCGAAUUAUUUUUACAUCUAAGAGAGGAAAUAGAGGAGAGUCAAAAGAAUCCUCAUAAAUCAUCUAUCAGCCAAGCCACCAUUUUAGAUACCUUAGAUAUAAAAAGCAGUGAAUACUAUUUGGCAUCUGCCCUCAGACAAUUAUUAUCCACCGAUGAAAACUCUCUUACUACUCUUGUAAAUGAAUUACGAAAAAUUCAACCAUUACAAAUUACUCAAUUAUCACUUUUACCCUUCAAAGACUUUUACCAAAUUUUAGAUUUACAAGCAAACUUUAUUCAAAUGGCAAAUACAUAUCAAUUCUUUAAAGAGGAUUCAAAUAGUCAAUUCAACAUAUCAACUGCAUCAGAAAUUAAAAUGCCCUCCACACCUGAAAUUAAAAUUGUUGACCAACCACCCGAUAAAGCAAUUUAUAAAAGAAAUGUUAAACCAGCACCAUCUGUUUCUUUCCAAGGCGAUUCAAAAGAUUUAGAUGGUAAUUAUUAUGUUAGUGUUGCUUUAUUAAGAUGCAAUGAUUUUAGCGAAGAACCAACAUUUUUAAAUGGUGCCAGUAAACCAACUAAAAUCACAAAUGGUAAAAUUGUUACUUUCAAAAAAUUAAAGGUUAUGGUUACAAGUCAUCAACAAGGAGAAACAUUAUUUUGCUUUAGAUUUGAUUUAAGACGUUACUCUUCAGACCCAGAAACCAAUCCAAACGAUUUUGAGAUUGUUUCAUCAGUUCACUCUAGUCCAAUUUCAAUCCUUUCACACUCAACUCAACUUAAAAGUACCGCUAUCGCUGAUCUUCCAAAAGUAACUGAGGUUUUCCCAUUGUCUGGUCCAUCAACUGGCGGAACAAGAAUAUGUUUAUUAGGUAGUAAUUUCGCUGAUACACCUGCUAUUCGUUUAAAGUUUGGCAAUGUUGAAAUACAACCCGAAUUCUUUAGUGGUGGUACAUUGGUUUGCAAUGCACCAGAGCAUCCACCUGGUACUGUUCAAAUUAAAGUUUCAAAUUGCCAAAAUCAGUGGAGUGUCACCUCUGCAACCUUUACUUUUGAAGAUACAAAUACAAUCAAUCCCUCCUCAAAUAUUUCAUCAGACGCACUCUCAAAUAUCCUCCCAGAAAGUGUAUUUGGUUUAGAUUUUUCAAAAACUUUUGACACAAAUUUCAUUAUAAAAGGUUUGGAAACUGCAUCAUCCACUUUACCCUCGUCAAAUGGUGCUCAUAGAAAUUAUUCAAAACAAUAUUGA